AGGUAUUGCUGUAUUCAAAUCAUACUGGUCAAAUUUCUGUUUUCCUUUGGUCAAAUUAUGUUAUCUGGUUUUCUUGUGUCCACUUUUUUCUUCAAGGUAUAUGAUGGUGAAACGAAAAACCAGGACGGAAACGGAUUCCUUCUUUAUCAGGACUUCGCCGCCACAACUUUCGCAUUCCCCGUCACCUGACCCCUACUAACCAAUCAGGUGCUAGCAGUUUUGGCGGUUGCAAGUGAAUGAGUAAAAGUCGAAGUCAUUUUCAAACAUAAAUGUCGAUAUAUAUUUUAACAAAUCAGCUUUGUUUUGAUACAUUUCUAAAUGUUAUACAGGUCGCACUAUGUAGAUUGCGCCAUCUGGCAUUGAAACUUUGGUUGUAUUCGGGACAGGACUAGAUCAGCGCAAAUGCUUCUUCCCGCUUCUUUUUGCCACCAAAUACUCGCACACUCUCCGCCUUCGUUGAAAGCCGUGACGAAAACGAGGCGAGCGAGGCGCUGCCCUCGGGCAAAGCUUUAAAAUGACAUCAGAAAGCCCUGCUCCACGGCUUGCGGCUGUUUUGUCCAAGGGCGACAGGAGCUGUCGCAUGGGGCAGCGCGCUCCGCUGCGCCACCUUGGCGCUUUGGUGCGUGACUGCGCGUCAGCUUACCUGCUCGGCUUUAUAAGCCGGUCAGGUACCCCUGACCCGCAUCUACCCACCACUGGCCCAUUUGCAGAGACCUGAAUAAUACCCGGCGCCUUGAUUCUCCUUCAACUUCAGUUUCGGCUUCAAGUUCUGCUCAACUUCAAGUUCUCCUUCAACUCCCUCUUCUGCUUCAAGUUCUCCGUCAACUCCCUCUUCUGCUUCAUUUUCUGUUUCAGAUUCUGUCUGCGUGGGCCAGGCUGCCCGAUUGGACAUCAUGAGCCUCCCCACACUUGUGGUGGCAUUGGUGCUGACGUUGUGCGCCUGGAUUACGCUUUGUGGAGACAUUUCGUGCGAUUCCGGAUGGGAGGUGUUCGGCUCCAGCUGCUACAAGAAGAUGCCAGCCACCAACGGUUGGCUGGGGGCCCGUUUACACUGCGCCCUGGAGGGCGGCGACCUGGUCUCCUUCAACUCAUUGGCCGAGGAAGAUUUUGUGAAGGGCAAAAUGGGGGUAGACCCGUUCUGGAUCGGACUCUCCAACCUGGAAUGCGGCCAUAAGUUGUGUCAUCGAAUGUCAGGCAAGGAGCCGAAAUGGUCCGACGACACGCCGCUGAUUUACAGCAACUGGGAUGCCGGUCAAGCCGUAAGCACCACAUCGGAGUCCUGCGCCUACGCUGAUUCCAACCAGUGGGACAAGUGGAGAACCGGCUUGUGCGAGUCCUCCCUGGCGUACAUAUGCAAACGCUCGCCCGACGGCUGCCCGGACGGACAACCGUGCUCCAAGAAGGCCGACCGUUUGGCUCUCUCUCCGGUGCAAACUUCCGCCUGCGACCCCGGCUACUUGCUCUACGGCCCUUUUUGCUACCGCUACUUCUUGGAGGCCAGAAUAACUUGGCAGGCAGCUGAGGAUGACUGCGUCGCACGGGGAGGUCACCUGGCAAGCGUCCACUCGCAUGAAGACAGCAAAUGGAUGCUGGGCCGCGCGCCGUCACCACCGGGCACUUUUUGUUUCCAUGCUUGUUCUCAUUUGCGCUCCCUUGCAGCCAAGUCCACCAGUCCUCCUCCGCCGCUCCCAGCCUGGAGCGACAAAUGCGGCUGGGAGUGGCUGGACAACCCCGCCAACGACUUCUGCUACCUGAUGAGAGGGAACCAGCUCAAAAGCUGGAAGGAGGCGCGCGACGACUGCAACCGCCACGAUGCCCAUCUGCUCAGUAUCACGGACUCUCACGAGCAGGCCUUUGUGCACGGUCACAGCAAGGCCGUGCUCACCACUCCCUCGCUGUGGCUGGACGCCGACGCCCCCUUCGCCGAGAGCGGCGGCCGGUGGGCCGACGGCUCCCCGUUCAGCUACGUCCACCUGAGCGCCGGUCACCAUGGCGACAAAGUUGGGGGACGCUGCCUUUCCUUUCUCAUUGACAACGGCGACUGGAAAUUUGACGUGUGCGAGAUCAAGAGAGGCUACAUCUGCAAGAGCAGAGACAUUUCGUCCGAUUCCGGAUGGGAGGUGUUCGGCUCCAGCUGCUACAAGAAGAUGCCAGCCACCAACGGUUGGCUGGGGGCCCGUUUACACUGCGCCCUGGAGGGCGGCGACCUGGUCUCCUUCAACUCAUUGGCCGAGGAAGAUUUUGUGAAGGGCAAAAUGGGGGUGGACCCGUUCUGGAUCGGGCUCUCCAACCUGGAAUGCGGCCAUAAGUUGUGUCAUCGAAUGUCAGGCAAGGAGCCGAAAUGGUCCGACAACACGCCGCUGAUCUACAGCAACUGGGAUGCCGGUCAAGCCGUAAGCACCACAUCGGAGUCCUGCGCCUACGUCAAGCGAAAAGCAUAUGUUUCCGACCAGUGCGACAAGUGGAGAACCGGCUUGUGCGAGUCCUCCCUGGCGUACAUAUGCAAACGCUCGCCCGACGGCUGCCCGGACGGACAACCGUGUUCCAAGAAGGCUGACCGUUUGGCUCUCUCUCCGGUGCAAACUUCCGCCUGCGACCCCGGCUACUUGCUCUACGGCCCUUUUUGCUACCGCUACUUCUUGGAGGCCCAUAAGUCUUGGCAGGCAGCUGAGGAUGACUGCGUCGCACGGGGAGGUCACCUGGCAAGCGUCCACUCGCAUGAAGACGGCAAAUGGAUGCUGGGUGAGCACCAAGGGCCACCAUGA